GGUGUAAACAUUGUGCUAACGUGAUCAUAAAUAGUGAAAAAAUUACUACCUGCAAAAUUUUAAAAGAAUAUAACUUAACCUUACAAAAAAUCCAUUAAAUUUCCAAGCAAGUUUCUAAAAAAUAAAUAAAAAAUUAUUUUUCGGAGAUGGACGAACAGGAGAGCGAAAAGCCUUUCGCCAUAGAAAAGGCCAAGACCGGUCGCGCCAAGUGCAAAAAAUGCAAGCUCCCAAUCGACAAAGACACCGUGAGAAUCGCGAAGCUGAUGGCGAACCCUUUCGGAGAAGGAAAAAUGAAGGCUUGGCACCACGUUACUUGUCUGUUCGAAGUAUUUGCAAAGCAGCGGGCCACUACAAGAAGACUCGAAGAUCCAGAAGAGGAUGUCGACGGUUGGGACCAUCUCGAAGAAGAAGAUAAAAAAAUAGUUAUCGAACAUUUGGAAGAGUUUGAUAAAAAUGCGCCUUUUAAAAAGAAAAGGUCUUCUAGUCCGCCAAAAAACCCACCAGCCAAGAAACGAAAAUCUUCACCUCCACCAGCUGCAAAAGAAACACCAGAAAAUUCGAGCCCAAAAAAUCAAGACUCGAUUAAAAACACUACGACUGAAUAUGAUAAGAAAAGUGAAAAUCGGGAUAACGCUUUUCGCGAGUUCCGACGGGUUUGUGCGAACAUAGCAAAUGCAAGUGCGUACACCGAAAAAACAGCGAUUGUUAAAAAAAUGUUUUCUGAUGGCGCCAAGGGCAAUGGCUUCAAAGGUGACGUCGUUCUAUGGUGCAAAAUGCUCCUUCCUAUGGCGAACAAGAAAAUCUACAACCUCCAGAGCAAAGCGCUGAUAAAACUCUUCGCCAGGAUCUUACAAGAAGAUGAGCAAGAUAUGUUGGAAGAUUUGGAACAGGGUGACGUCGCGGAAACUAUCCAAAAAUUCUUUGAUAAAAAUGACGUCGUAAAAGCCAAUGCUAAAAGUCUUCUCAGUUUACAGGAGGUCGAGGAGUUCCUAAGCCACCUUUCUGAUUUGACAAAAGAAGAUGACCAAAUAUCACACUUUAAAUCCAUCUUGCCAAAAUGCACUCCUAAUGACUUGAAAAUGAUAAUAAGGCUUAUCAAGCGCGAUUUGCGAAUCAAUUGUGGACCCAAACAUAUUUUGGAAGCGGUCGGCUCGGAAGCCUAUAAAGCUUAUCAAGUUUCUAAUGAUUUAGAAGCUGUAGUCAGGAGAUUCGUAGACAAAACAGGGAGCAAAAAUUUAACAGAGUCCAGUUCUGUGAAGAGUAAAGUUUCGUUAGCUUUGAUGACUCCUGUUUUGCCGAUGUUGGCAGAAGCUUGUACCUCAGUAGAAAUGGCGAUGAAAAAAUGUCCAAACGGAAUGCUGUCUGAAAUAAAGUACGACGGAGAAAGAGUUCAAGUCCACAAACGUGGAACCGAAUUCCGUUAUUUCAGUAGAUCACUAAAACCAGUUUUACCUCACAAGGUCAAUCACUUCAAAGAGUACAUACCCAAGGCCUUUCCGGACGGCGAUGACUUAAUUUUGGACUGCGAAAUACUGAUGAUAGACACAAAAACGGGGCAGCCAUUACCGUUUGGUACGUUGGGAGUCCACAAGAAAGCUGAGUUUAAGGAUGCAAAUGUUUGCAUAUUCAUCUUCGAUUGCAUUUAUUACAACGGUGAAGUGCUGAUGAAUAAGACAAUGAAGGAGAGACGGAAAAUUUUGACGCUGAGAAUGACAACAAUACCGAACCGAGUUAUGCUUUCAGAAGUUCAACAAGUUCAUGAUCCGAAAGACUUGGCAGAAAUGAUUGCAAAGGUCCUAAAAAUGGGAUUAGAAGGAUUGGUUCUCAAGGAUAUAAAUAGUUUGUACGAACCAGCGAAGCGACAUUGGCUGAAGAUAAAAAAGGACUAUUUGCUGGGAGGAGCAAUGGCCGAUAGCGCAGAUCUCGUCGUUCUUGGUGCUUGGUACGGAACAGGGAAUAAGGGCGGAAUGAAAUCUAUUUUUCUCAUGGGUUGCUAUGAUGAGGACCGCGAUAAGUGGCUGACAGUAACCAAAGUCCAUUCGGGACACGAUGAUGAUACUUUAGCCAAACUGCAGGAUCAGUUGGAAAUGGAUAAGAUUGGAAAAGACCCUAAUUUGGUUCCCGGUUGGUUACUAGCUAACAAGCCCAUGAUUCCUGAUUUUGUUGCCAAGGAUCCUAAGAAACAACCUGUUUGGGAAAUAACAGGAGCGGAAUUUACAAACCAAGGUGUCCAUACUGCUGACGGUAUAAGUAUCAGAUUUCCUCGAGUAACUCGAAUACGUGACGACAAGGACUGGAAAACGGCGACUUCUCUGAAGGAAUUGAAGAAACUUUUCGAAAAAAGCUCGGAUUCGAUCGAUGUCUCUUUGUUGUUGGGUAAACCUUCGACCAGUGGGCGAGGGACUGGCGACAAAGGAGGAAACGAAGAUGUAGACGAUAAUAACAAAGUUGAUGAGGAUAAUGUGACAAUAAAAGAACAGGACUCGACAAAUAGCGAUGAUGGUGAUAACGAUAAUGAUAAUGAUGAUGAAGAAAAAAGUAACAUCGCUAUAAAAUUGAAAGCUACUGGUCAAGACCGAAAACAAGAUAAUAAAACUAAUAAGAGAAAACGCCCAGCUGAUGUUGAGGAGGGACAAGAUAGUGAUAAGGAGUCUGAUAAUUAUACGAGUGGAUGCAGCUCUACUGGAAGCUCUUCAAAGGCCGGGAUAAAGGAAUCCAAAUCUAAAAAAAAAUACCCUGAGGAUGCCAAAGAACGAUUGUCCGAGGAGUGUCACUCACCGACACCAAACGGAAUUUUAAAAGAUACUUAUAUUGUCCUGAGCAAUGACCUCAGUGAUGAUAGGCAAAAGGUCUUGUCACGAAGCUUGAUUACCUUGGGCGCAACAGUUCGCAAGGAAAGUAGUUUUGACGCAAAACAAGCAACUCACAUUAUUCACAGAAAAACCGAAAUAUCUGAAGAAGAACUGCGGAGAUUCAAAACAGUAUCUGCGCGACAUAUUACCGAGUCCUGGGUAGAAUCAACGGCGGCAACCUCAGUAAGGCAAGAAGAAAUUAAGCACGCUGUUAAUCUACGUGGAAGUUAUUGUCAGUGUAAAUGCCCGCACCGUAAAGAAGAUUAAAUUUAUUGCCAGUAACUAUAACUAUAACAUUAUUUAUUAUGCAAUAAAUAAUAAAUAAUAAUAAGUAAUGUUUUAAAAAUAAUUACCAAGUAACUUUAUACGGCAAUUAAAUAACAGGCGUCAAUUAUUAAGCGUUAUCAACGCGCCUGACUUUUGUAACUUUGUUUUAUCUGUAUUGAUUUUGUUCGAGCGCAAUAAGUACGAAUUUUAAAUAUUUAUUUAUUAUUGUAUUGCGAAAUCAUGUUCUCGAGUUUUGAACGGUAAUUCAGUAAGUGUAUCAUGUAUCAAUCUUAAAUUUUAUAUAGACUAAUGAAUUUAUACAAAAUAAAUAACAAUUUAAUCGAAUAAAAACAUACGUGUCGAUGUACCAUGUUUUCUUGUAUGACAGCGGAAAAAGCUGCCGGUACCCGUAGAGUUAAAAUAACUCAAUCAUUUUUUCCGAUACAAAAGAUAAUUAAUUGUACACUUCUCGAUUUAUACUUUUAUUUUUUUUUUUCCUGAUAAUUAUAAACGUGAACUAUUAUAUAAACAAUAAUUUAUAA